AUGGACUCUCUCUAUGAGACUCUGCGGACUCUACCGCUCUCAGUCUCAAUCCCUCUAACAACCAGCAUUAUCAUCAUCUUGUCCAUCGUCACCAACGUGGUCAAACAAUUAUGGUUUCCUAACCCGCAUCGUCCACCCGUUGUAUUCCACAUCUUCCCCUUCAUCGGAAGCACCGUUCAGUAUGGAAUGGAUCCGUACGCCUUUUUCUUCGAUUGCAGAGAUAAAUACGGCGACUGCUUUACCUUUAUUCUCCUUGGUAAAUCCACGACUGUCUUUCUUGGUCCCAAGGGCAAUGACUUUAUCCUCAACGGCAAACACGCCGACCUCAACGCCGAGGACGUUUAUGGGAAGCUCACCACGCCUGUGUUUGGCGAAGAGGUUGUAUAUGAUUGCUCCAAUGCUCGUUUCAUGGAUCAAAAGAGGCUUCUCAAACUUGGUCUCACCACAGACUCCUUACGGUGCUACAUCCCAAAGUUCGUCAAAGAAGUCGAAGACUAUGUCAAAACCUCGCCAUACUUCAAGGGUGACACAGGAAUUGUCAAUAUUACAGAAGUCAUGGCCGAAAUCACAAUUUACACAGCAUCUGGAUCCCUUCUAGGAAACGAAGUCCGCGCCAUGUUUGACAGCACAUUUGCCACUCUCUACCGUCAUCUAGACGAUGGUUUCCAGCCCAUAAAUUUCGUCAUGCCAGGUCUUCCCCUCCCGCAAAACUUCCGUCGGAACCACGCCCGUAAGAUAAUGGAGAAGCUUUUCAGCGACAUCAUUGCCAAGCGUCGCGAGACUGGUAAUCAAGGCGACGAGACGGAUAUGGUUUGGACGCUCAUGAAUGCGCAGUACAAAGAUGGGGAACCUCUCCCGGAUCACCACGCUGCGCGUAUGUUGAUUGCUAUCUUGAUGGGCGGUCAGCAUAAUACUGCUGCCAGUGGUGCUUGGCUUCUUCUUAACCUGGCCAAUAAGCCUCAUUUGGUUCAAGAACUGUACGAGGAGCAGACUCGGGUUCUUGGCUCACCACAAGAGCCUCUGACAUGGGAGAACUUGCAGAAGUUAACUCUCAACGGCCAAGUUAUCAAAGAAACUCUCCGCCUUCACAGUCCAAUCCACUCCAUCCUCCGUCAAGUCAAAUCACCCAUGCGAGUCCCUGGCACUGAAUGGGUAGUGCCACCGUCCCACACACUGCUUUCGUCUCCCGGCACAAUGGCCCGCUCAGAAGAAUUCUUCCCUCGACCAUCAGAAUGGGAUCCCCAUCGCUGGGACAAGAUUGAACCUCUCGAGAAGACCGCCGAAGAUGGUCAGACAGUGGAUUACGGCUUUGGAGUAAUGAGCAAAUCCGUCAGCAGUCCUUAUUUGCCUUUUGGAGCUGGACGACAUCGAUGUGUUGGCGAGAAUUACGCUUAUGCACAGCUGGGAGCUAUUGUUGCUACGUUCGUCAGAUUGGUUCACAUCGAACAGCCUGACCCCAAGGCUCCUCUUCCGGCACCGGAUUACUCUUCCAUGUUUUCUCGGCCCAUGAACCCUGCCGAGAUCCGAUGGCGUCGACGCGAGACAGUAGAAUGA